GUGUGGGCGUUUCUGGGUAAUUGCUCGCAGAUUUCUUCGCCCUCAUUGGUCAACAACAACGGGGCCCGUGUGAACCGGGAAGAGGAGGGGGCUGUGGUCAAACCCACCGCGACCUAAACAGCACCAGGAGGGAGAAGGAGGGAGGAGAGCCGCAGCCCGCAGCAGCAGGAACAGCGUCGCAGCCCCGCUUUCAGCCUGUAUGGGCUAGUCGGUUAGCUAGCUUAGCAUCGUCCGACUGCGCCGCACCGCCUCUCCUGCCCGCCCGCCGCCGUGCCGAGAACCCCGGGGUUGUUAUCUCCGUGUUUUCCUCUCCGUCCCCCCGCAGUCCCGCCCGCCCUCCGCCCGGCUUCAAGAUGAUGAAGUUUAGGUUUCGUCGGCAGGGCACCGACCCGCAGAGGGAGAAGAUAAAACAGGAGCUCUUCGCUUUCAACAAGACUGUGGAGCAUGGGUUCCCUCAUCAGCCCAGUGCUUUGGCCUUUGACCCCAAGCUGAAACUUAUGGCCAUCGGGACAAAGUCAGGAGCCAUUAAAGUCUACGGAUCCCCUGGUGUGGAGUUCACAGGAUUACACAAAGACACCACUGCUGUCACACAGAUCCACUUCCUGCCUGGACAGGGUCGUCUGCUGUCACUGCUGGAUGACAACACGAUUCACCUGUGGGAGCUGGUGGCCGGGGCUCCAAGAGAGGUGGGAGGGGUAAAGAGAGAAGGCGUGGUCAGUCUACAGGAAGUGGACAGCUACAGCCUUCCAGGAAGACCUGGCAUUGAGAGCUGCAGUGCCACCCGGGUGACUGUCCUCCUCUUGCUGAGGUCAUGCGACCUGCUCUGCAUUGGAACAGAGGGAGGAGGCGUGUACUUCCUGGAGUUGCCCCGCCUAUCACUGAAGGACACCCAGACGCUGCUCCAGGAUCAAGUCAUGCACAGCCUGCCAGAUGAUUACAGAUGUGGGAAGUCCUUGGGGCCAGUGGAGUCUCUUCAGGAACAUCCUCAGCAGUCGGGGAAGAUUCUGAUUGGCUACAGCCGGGGCCUGGUGGUCCUCUGGGAUCUGAGCACCCGUCAUGCCGAGCAGCUCUUCCUGGGCAAACAGCAGCUGGAGAGCCUGGUGUGGGAACGCACUGGAAACUUAUUUGUCAGUUCUCAUAACGACGGGGGCUAUGCUGUGUGGGCUGUUACUAACGGCAACACCAACAACCACCAACCAGUGUCGUCUACCAUCCCAUAUGGUGAGAAAUGUAUGAAUAAAAAUACUUUUCUUUGUGCCUCCAGUUCUCCAGUAUUGUUGUACAGUGGAGGGAUGCCCAGGGCCAGCUACGGUGACCGCCACUGUCUAACCAUUCAACAAGACAAAGACCACGUCACACUUGACUUCACAUCCCGAGUCAUCGACUUCUUCACUGUCCACAGCGUAGAGCAAGAGAAAGAGUUUGAUGAGCCGUCUGCGCUGGUCGUGUUACUGGAGGAGGAGCUGGUUGUGAUAGACCUCCAGACCCCCGGCUGGCCCACUCUGCCCACUCCUUACCUGGCUCCUCUCCACUCCUCAGCUAUCACCUGCUCUUUCCAUGUCGCCAGCGUCCCUCCCAAACUCUGGGAGAGGCUGGUCAACGCCAGCAAAGCACAGCAGGGCCGGCAACAAGCACACGGGAGUUGGCCCAUCUGUGGAGGGAAAAACCUGGCUCCUCCACCCAAACAACAAGAGCUGCUAUUGACAGGGCAUGAAGACGGCACCGUGCGUUUCUGGGAUGCGUCUGGUGUUGCUCUUACUCCGCUGUACAAACUCAGCACAGCCAAUGUCUUCCACACCGACUGCGACCCUUGCGACGAUCCUCAGGACCCUAACGACGACCCCGACAUGCAGCAGGAGGAGGAAUGGCCUCCCUUCAGGAAGGUGGGCUGUUUUGAUCCGUACAGUGACGACCCCAGACUGGGCAUCCAGAAGAUCAGUCUGUGCAAAUACAGCAACAAGCUGGUGGUGGCUGGAACCGCUGGACAGGUGAUCGUUUUGGGUUUGAGUGACGAGCGUUCAGACCACUUUGUGGACGUGUCUGUGGUCGAUCUGCUGCAGGACAGGGAGGGCUUCACCUGGAAAGGCCACGACAGGCUGGAGCCGCGACUCAAACCCGCCCCCUUCCCUCCGGGGUUUCAGCCUCUGGUGCUGGUGCAGUGCCUGCCGCCGGCCUCUGUUACAGCAGUGGCUCUACAUGCCGAGUGGAACCUGAUCUCCUUCGGGACGAGUCAUGGAUUUGGCCUGUUUGACUACCACAGACGAAAUGCGGUGCUGGCCAGAUGUACCCUGCACCCUAAUGACUCCUUGGCGAUGGAAGGCCCCCUGUCCAGAGUCAAGUCCUUGAAAAAGUCCUUACGACAGAGCUUCAGACGCAUCCGCAAGAGCAGAGUGUCUGGGAAGAAACGUGCCAUCUCCACACCCACCAGCAAGGUCCAGGAGGCCAACGCUGCUCUGGCAGAGCAAGAAGACGUGACUCCGAUACAGCGAAGGAUUGAACCCCGGUCAGCAGACGACUCGCUGUCUGGAGUGGUCCGAUGUCUGUGCUUCGCUGACACCUUUCUACGUGACGGUACACACCACGGCCCCACACUAUGGGCAGGCACCAACUCAGGCAGUGUGUACGCCUACGCUCUGGAGGUACCCGGCGUGGGCUCGGGUCGUGUGUGUGAGCGGGGCGGAGCCGGCGAGAGCAGCCAGUGUGUGGAGGCAGUGUUGGGUAAAGAGAUCCAGCUGAUGCACAGGGCCCCCGUGGUGUCGAUCUGUGUGUUGGACGGCCGGGGGAAACCUUUACCAGACCCGUACGAAGCCUCCCAGGACCUCGCCAUCGCGCCGGACAUGACCAACGCUCACUCUGUUCUCAUCGCCUCAGAGGAACAGCUAAAGGUGUUCUCUCUUCCUAAGGUGAGCGCUAAGACCAAGUUCAAGCUGACGGCACACGAAGGCUGUCGGGUGAGGAAGGUGGCGCUGGUGCUCUUCAGCUCCACAGCGCAGGAAGACUACAGCGAACACACACUGGUCUGUCUGACCAACCUGGGCGACAUGCACCUCUUUAACAUACCUGGCCUUCGACCACAGGUGCGCUACGACUGCAUCCGUAAGGAGGACAUCAGCGGCAUUGCAUCCUGCGUCUUCACCAAGAACGGACAGGGGUUUUACCUGAUCUCUCCCUCAGAGUACGAGAGGUUCUCACUGUCUGCCAAAGUCAUCACUGAACCGCUCUGCUCAGUUCAGCUGGACCGACCGCUAGAGCCCACACCUGCCAGCGAUGGUACGACGACGCAGCCGCAGGCCAACGGAACCCACAAGAACCAGAUGGGUCAGGCUGAGGGGCAAACAGAAGAGCCUCAGAGCACCCUGUCCUCUCCCGUCCUGGACACGCCGCUGGACUCCCCCCUCAGCUGCGCUGACCUCACCCUCGACUCCACCGGAGAAAUCACCGUGGAGGACGUCAGGGAUUUUCUAACCACUGUGGACGAGGCAGAGAACAACCUGAAGAACAUUAAAGAGGAGGAGGGACGCUCGACUGGCAUCCUCAUUAACUGAACAGUAUUACAGGGAGGGGCUCCGGUGGUCUAGAUGGACCGGAUUUCAGUGCUGGACCACAAACAUCUCCCAUCAUCCCACGGUGGAGCCCCGAGCCAGCACUCUGCACUCUCCUGUCAGCCUGGCACAAACUGGGAGGAAAGCCUUCACACAGAAAGAGAACACAGCGUCAAAGACUCGUUUGUUUGUUCCUCCCUCUGGAAGAACGACUUCUUUUUCUUCUUCUUCUAUAACCACUUUGGAAACAUGACAUCGCCUCCCACAUGGAGACACAGACAGCCUCCCCGGCACAGUGUGGCGCCUGGAUGGACUUGGAGGUGGAGGUGAUGAUUCUGAUUUCAAGCACUGAGAACUGAACUCGAGACUCGGUGCGAUCAUUUCCCCUCGGCCUUGUUUUUUCCCCGAGGUGACUGGAUGGUAAUGUUCUCCAGGCGUAAUGACUGCGGCUCAGCCUUUGAGGAAACGGCUGUCACAUCCUGCAGAGAAAAAUUACCAGUGACUUUUCUGUGUUUUUAUUUUUCUAUCCACAGUUUUGUGGCGGGAUGGGAUCGGUCUGAGGUUUCCCCACAGUUGGAACUGGAUUCGGCGCUCAGUCGCCAAAUGUGCUUGUUGAUUCCUCGUGCACACCAGUGGAUGUGUUGGAUAAAUGUCCUGCACGCCGCUUAACACCACCAUAGCCCUGUGAAUGACCCAUGUUUACGAACUGAGGAUAUCCAGCAGAGACUGAAAGAGAGCAUUGUAGAGUUCAAGAGAGUAAGACUAGCAAAUGAAGUAUUUUGCGUAUUGAAGGCUGUGAAAAUUGUAUUCUUCCCUCUUUGGUGCCAAUAAGUGCAGUUGAAUUGCUUCACCCGGUGUCCUGUGUGGGUCGAGGUGGUGCGUAAAUCAACUGAGCCAAUAUGUUAUCACACACAAGCACAUCACCACCAAGGUUCUCAGAAGCUCUCUGUCUGCUCUCUGGAUAUUGAAGAAGCAAGUGCUCGGAUAAUGAAGGUGUUUUGUAAUACAGAGACUGACGUUGUAUCACAUAUGUUUUGUACGGCUUUUGGAGAAAGUAAAGAUAUUUUAGUGACAAAUAGAAAGAGGGGAAGCAAGAGGAAAGAACUCGUGCCGAUUUCAAAGCUGGUGAAGAGGGAAGCAAAGGCGGUACAAUUGUAUUAAAACAAUACUUCACCCACAGAAUGAACAUUUGUAAAUCAACCCACUGUUACGCUGAAUUGGUGAAGAAAACUUUGGUUUUCUCACAUGCCUCUAUCGUGAACGAAGAAUCCAAAAAAAGGUGAACAUUCUUCAUGAAUUAAAGUUGAUGGGGAUCACAUUUAACAACAGCAAAACUGUAUCAAAACACCAGUUUACAAACUCUCACACAACUCGUAGAGUAUAGUCCACGUCUCAGUUAUCCAGUUGUGUGCUCAGUGCUUCCCAAACACAUGCAGCUUUUCUAAAAUGUUACUUAUAAAACACUUCUUCAUCUAUCAGUAGCGAGCCUGAGCAUUCCAGGGACUUGACCAUGUUUGUAUUCGCAUUUUAAAUUGUAAUGUUUUACCAAAAAAAUGCAUGUUUUUGGAAGUACUGAGCAUACGGCCGGAUAAAUGACACUUGGAUUAUUUUGGUGGUGCGGUGGUACGGUGGUUAGCAUUGUCACCUCACAGCAAGAGGCUUCCUGGUUCGAACCCAGAGUCGGGGAGCCCUUCUGUGCGGACUUUGCAUGUUCUCCCAGUGUCAGUGUGGGUUUUCUCCGGGUGCUCCAGCUUCCUCCCACAGUCCAAAGACAUGCAGGUUAAUUGGUGACUCUAAAUUGUCCAGAGUGUACCCUCUUGCCCAAUGUUGCCCAACAGGAUAAGCAGUUACGGAAAGUGAGGGAAUGAAAAGGAGUCGUAUGAGAGUUCAUAAACAUGUUCUGAUAUAGUUUAGCUGUUGUUAAACGCCGCACCUGUUUCCUUUGAUAGUGAAGAAUGUUUGCCUUUUUUGGAUUCUUCGUUCACUGCAGAAGCAUGUGUGAAAAACAGUUUUAGUCCUGAAUUCAACACAACACGGGGUGCGCAAUUGAUACAUAAAUGGUCAUUUUGCAGGUGAAGUAUUCCUUUAAAGGACCAGAGCAGAUCUAUGUGAAAUAAUAUUUUUGAAAUACCUUUUUUCUGCUAAGUGCAUGACCUGAGUUGCAAAUACAUUCUUCAUCUUUCAGUCAACAUGUAUUAGAUUCAUCAGUAACAGCCUGUUUGAAGAGCUCAGAUUUAAUUUUGAUCAUCGUUCUAUGUUUGGUGAAAUCGUGAUCGAAGCAAAAAGAAGAAAAGCUAAAGAAAGUGGAAAACAAAGAGUUUUUAAAUCCUCUGUUACAUCAUCUCAUGCAGAAAUCUUUUUGAUGGGACUCAGGGAAGUGUGGCAAGGGAAGCAAAGUCAGUCUGAAUGCUAAGUGUAACGUACUGUGUACUAUGAUGCACCCAGGAGAUUUCUUUUGUGGGUUUCUGUGAAUCGGUGCAUUCUCGGUAAUAUUGGCUACAUGCAGAGCUUUGAUCACCAGUAUUUUUAACCCUUUUUAAAAAACAAGUUUUACUGUGUAAAAAAAUGAUAUAUAUAAAGUAUCUAUACCUAGCUUUACAGAAGACAGGUUUAUAAAGGCAAGCCGAUGAUAGAGUAAAGCAGUAGAACUUUGUAGAACCUGUCGUAGCCUAAAAACCGCUCAGUAUUCAAGCUUUCUGAUCACCUCACAUUAAAAUAAAAUAAAAAGUAAAAAAGGGACCUCACUACUAACUAAUGUAGCUCAACUGGUAGAAAUCAUGUUAAUGCUUUUUUUUUUUUUAUUACUUUUGUGUUAGCUUGUUUUGGUGCUCUGGUUGACACAAAUAAUUAACCCCUCGAUGCUACAAAUGGCACGAUUUACCUUUGUAAUUCCACAAUUAAGAUGAAUUUGUUUCUACUUUGUCAUUCAGUUUUGUGUGUAGAAUUUUAAUCAGGUCAUUUAGCAUUUUGACUGAUGAAGAAUUGUGAAUGUUAAUAAAA